UUUUGACGGAUGGCGUUAUCGGAACUUCGCUCGAGCUCCACAAUGACAAUUGUGAGGCAGCGUUGUGUCUUUCGCCGCUUAGCUCACCGGUGUUAGCUGCGAGGCGGCGAGCAACACGAUGGAUGCCGUCGCUUUUCACGUGCUUCGCGAUGUAUUGCCCGCCUUACUCGCAUCAUUCGUGCUGUAUUCCGUGGCCGCUGCAGCCGCAGCGUUCGCAUGCUUGGCCGGCCUGUUGGUCUACAUAAAGUGGAAGCAACGCGAAACACUUGUCUACAUAGGAAAGUUCCCCGGUCGAACGGAGCCGAUCCCCUUGCUGACCACAUGGUCGAUACAUCGGACCCUUUCCAAAGAGGCGCACCGUUUGGACAUUGCAACCCAUUUGUUUCAGGUGGCCUUUGGGUUCUCCCGGAUUUACAAGAAACAUGGCAUGUUUCGAUUUUACGACGCCACUCAUCCCGUUCUCGUACUGUUCAAAGCUGAAGCUCUCGAGGAACUUUUGGCGAGUAACACGAUACUUAGGAAAGGUCAUGAAUAUGAACUAAUCAAGCCAUGGCUCGGCACUGGUCUUCUUACAAGUUCAGGAUCAAAGUGGCGUUCUCGACGGAAACUGCUGACGCCUGCAUUUCAUUUUCGAAUACUGGAAGACUUUCUGCCGGCAGUCAAUGACCAGUCCAAAACUUUGGUGCGCAAACUUGGGCAGCUUGGAAAAGACCGUUCCUGUGACAUCGUUCCUCUAAUAACGCUUUGCGCUUUAGACAUCAUAUGCGAGACUAUAAUGGGCUACACAAUCAAUGCUCAAAGCAACCAGCAUUCGGAAUAUGUUCAAGCCAUUAAAGUGCUUGGUCACAGCUUCACACGGCGCCUAGAGUCACCAUUAUACUGGAUAGACGCCAUAUUCCGGCUCUCGAAGCACGGAAGAGAGUUUGAAAAGAAAGUCAAGGAGCUUCACGAAUUUACAUUGAAGGUUAUCCGAGAGCGAAAGCGAGAGAUUCUGUCGUGUCCCGAACUGCAGGAGUCUCUCGAGGAAACAUCCAGUGAGAGUGACGUCUACGGCAUGAAAGGAAAAGCCAGGAAACCAUUCUUGGAUAUCCUCCUCCGAGAACACAUCAAAGACGCUGAAAAUUUUUCCGAAGAAGAUGUUCGAGAAGAAGUAGACACCUUUAUGUUUGAGGGUCACGACACGACAGCAAUGGGCAUGAGCUGGGCCCUCUAUCUUAUUGCCCUUCAUCCGGAGCACCAAGAGCUCAUACACCAAGAGCUGGACGCCAUAUUUGGCUCCGACAAGGCACGGCCAGUCACUUCGGAAGACUUGAAGCAAAUGAAGUACAUGGAAUGCUGUCUAAAGGAGUCUCAGCGAUUGUAUCCAUCAGUUCCAUUCAUCACUAGAAAGUGCGAGGAAGACGCCGUAAUCUCCGGCCGAAAGGUCCCUAAAGGCACGGACAUCCAAAUUGCCAUUUACAACCUGCAUCGUGACCAACAAGUGUUCCCCAAACCAGAAGAAUUCAUGCCAGACAGGUUUUUUCCUGAAAACGUGAAAGGGAGACAUGCUUUUGCGUUCGUCCCUUUCUCGGCUGGCCCAAGAAACUGCAUAGGUCAACGUUUCGCCAUGAUGGAAGAAAAGGUCGUUAUUGCCAACAUCCUUCGAAACUACAAGCUGGUUGCUCUGCAUUACCGAGACAAGAUUCGUGUCAUGGCGGAACUCGUCCUGAGGCCAACAAGUGGUCUUCAUGUGAAAUUCAUUCCGAGGGAAUCUGCAAAACUGCAAUGAAAGACUCUACGAGAAUUAUU